AAUAGUUAAUCAUGCAUUUGGUGCAAUGAAAUUUAUUAAGAAACUGUUCUGAAAAAAUAACUAGAAAAGUCUUAGAGGUUAGAGUUGUUAAAUGUAAAAAUAGAUUGCAAGUCAGUAAACACAUUUAUAGCAUGUGUUCAUAGUAGAAAAAUCCCGAGUGUUCUGUAAGUUCUUUUCAUUCAAGAGAAAGCUCUCUUACAAUGGAUACUAUCAAUAUCAGACAGUCUUAGUUAACACAUCAUAUAAAUUUAUAUGGAAUUAUUUAUGUAUAUUAUUUUAUUCGUAGUGAAUGUUCCUAUAAAUAUAUGGAAUAAAAAUUGUUGAUUAUUGUGAUAUUAAUAAGUUAUUAUAAAAGAUGUUAAAAAUAAAAAGCUAAAAAAGAUGUAUCAACAAAAAGUACAUCCGCAAAGGAAUUUGAUAAAAGAAGGCAUCAUACAAAUUGGUGCCGGUGGUUCUGCAGGCUUUGUUGAAGUUUGUAUAAUGCACCCAAUGGAUCUUGUCAAAACACGAUUUCAACUUCAAGUUAGAAUGCAAGCAGCAGAUGCCACCUACUAUACAGGAAUUAUAGAUUGUAUGCAUAAGAUGUGUAAAUCUGAAGGUGUUACUGCGCUUUGGAAAGGGUUGCUUCCACCAAUUAUCGUAGAAACACCUAAAAGAGCAGUGAAAACAUUCUCAUGUGCUGGCUUUUUUGCUGGAGUUACUGAGGGUGUUUUAGUAAAUCCUUUCGAAGUUAUCAAAGUAAAACAACAAUCAAAUCGUGUUGGAAGACCUUCGACUGCUAUCGUAACAAGAGAAAUUAUAUCAAAAUAUGGAUUUGGAUUAAAUGGACUUUAUAGGGGACUGUCUGCUACUAUAAUGAGAAAUGCUGUAUUUAAUUCUUUUUAUUUUGGAUUUUAUCAUUCUGUAAAAAAUUAUAUACCAGUAAAGAAAGAUCCUUUGCUCGAAUUUGGAACUAAGGUCGGUUUAGGUUUCGUAUCAGGAACGGUAGCUUCUUGUUUAAAUAUACCUUUUGACGUUGCUAAAAGUCGUAUACAAGGGCCACAAGGAAAUAUACAAUACAAAGGAACACUAAAUACUAUUUGUAUUAUUUAUAAAAAUGAAGGAUUUAAAGCUUUAUACAAAGGUUUAUUGCCAAAAGUAUUGAGAUUAGGCCCAGGAGGAGCUAUUAUGCUUGUAGUUUAUGAUUAUAUGCAUGUCUAUCUUACUGAGAAGUUUUCAUAUUAAUUUCUAAAUUUGAUGCUGUGUACAAUAAGUACAUAACAUUAAGUAAAUCAAUAAGUAAUACAUAUUAUUUUACAGUGUAAUAAAAAAUGUGCAUUUUGUUACAAUAACAAUAAUAAUCUAAUAGUUUUGUACUUUAUUACAGAAAAUUUGUAAUUAUUUUGUAAUAAUACUUUCCACUAAUUGUAACUUUUGUAAUAAUUGUAAUAAUAAUUUCCAAUUUAUAUUUAAUCUCAUU